GGACGGCGAUCGUGUGCGCCGCUGUGCCUUCGGCAGGGGCUUUCCCAAAGAGGGCAGACCGCAAAGUCCGCUAAGCAGAAUAGCCUCGCCUGUUCUUGAUGGGCCGCUACUGGGGUGAUGAAGGCUUUCCUGGGCGCUCCUUUAGCAUCUUAUAUAGGACGCUCAUGGUGUCUCUUAUCACGCGGGUAUUUACCCUGUCUGAAAGGGAUGCACCUAGUUGUCCUGUGCAAUUUGCUUGGCAAAAAACUGUAGGAAACUUCAUUGCUGUUACAGGAUACAAUCACACUGUAAAAAUCUUUGAUCGCCAUGGUCAAAAGAAAAAUGAAAUUAAUUUACCAGGCAAUUGCAUUGCUAUGGACUGGGAUCAAGAUGGCGAUACCUUGGCAAUAAUUGCUGAUAAGUCCAGUUCCAUUUAUCUGUGGGAUGCCAACACAAACAAAACCAGCCUAAUGGACACUAGUAUGAGGGAACCAAUGUCUUUCUUACGUUGGUCAAAAGCCGAACCCUUACUUGCUGCUGGAACAGCUAAGGGAAAUGUACUAAUAUAUAAUCGCCAAACUUCUCGCAAGAUUCCUAUCCUUGGCAAGCACACCAAACGGAUUACAUGUGGUUGUUGGAGCAAUGGGAAAUUCAUAGCAUUAGGCGGCGAGGACAAGCUGGUAACAAUUAGCAACCACGAAGGAGAUACUAUCAGAGUGACAGCAGUGAGAGGAGAACCCAGUGAUAUGGAGUUUAUCGUGAUGAAGACUGAUGACAGAACAGGAGGAAAUGAGACCACAGUGUGCAUUGUCGUUGCUCAGAAAACACUGUAUUUUUAUAAUUUCAAAGAUCCAGAUAACCCAAUUGAACUGGCAUUUCAGCAGCGCUAUGGGAACAUUGUGGCUUAUAAAUGGUAUGGCGAUAAUUACAUUAUGAUAGGGUUCUCACUUGGCUUUUUUGUGGUGAUUUCUACACAUGUUCGAGAGAUUGGUCAUGAGAUUUUUCAAGCUUCUGAUCAUAAAGAUAACCUGACCAGCAUUGCGAUCUCGCAGUCAUUAAACAAAGCUGCAUCGUGUGGAGAUAACUGCAUCAAGAUUCAUGACCUGUCAGAUUUGAAUGAAAUGUAUGCAAUAAUAAACCUAGAGGAUGAAAAUAAAGGUCUAGAUCAGUUAUCAUGGACAGAUGAUGGACAACUGCUGGCAGUGUCUACAAAACGAGGAACUAUCCAUGUCUUCUUGACAAAACUUCCCAUUCUUGGAGACACGUACAGCACACGGAUUGCAUACCUCACCUCACUUCUUGAAGUUACUGUAGCCAACCACAUUGAAAGUGAGCUACCAAUUACAGUUUCUGUGGAAGUUGAGCCCAACUUUGUUGCUAUAGGUCAUUAUCACUUGGCUGUGGGCAUGAAUAACCGGGCAUGGUUUUAUGUUCUUGGAGAGAGCAGUGUGAAAAAGCUCAAGGACAUGGAAUAUCUAGGAACGGUAGCUAGUAUGUGCCUUAAUUCGGACUAUGCUGCUGCACUUUUUGAGGGUAAAGUUCAGUUGCAUAUGAUAGAAAGUGAACGCUCAAAUACUCAGGAAGAGCGGGAAACUAGACUCUUCCCAGAUGAAGAUGAUAAAAGUAAAAUUUUGUGCCAUGCUUUAACCAGUGAUUUCCUCAUCUAUGGGACUGAUACUGGUGUUAUUCGCUAUUUUUACAUUGAAGACUGGCAGUAUGUGAAUGAGUAUCGCCAUUCUGUCAGUGUGAGAAAAAUCUUCCCAGAUCCCAAUGGAUCCAGAUUAGUUUUCAUUGAUGACAAAAGCGAUGGAUUUGUUUACUGUCCUGUAACUGAUACUGCCUUUGAGAUCCCAAAUUUCCAGCCAACCAACAAGGGCAUUCUGUGGGAAAACUGGCCAAUGGACAAAGAUGUAUUUGUUGCCUAUGAUGAUGACAAAAUAUACACUUACAUCUUUCAUAAGGAUGCUAUACAAGGGUCCAAGGUAAUUUUGGCAGGAGGCACCAAGGUUCCUUAUUCUCACAAACCAUUGCUAUUAUAUAAUGGAGAAUUAACCUGUCAGACUCAAAGUGGAAAAACCAACAAUAUCUCCCUUAGUACUCAUAGCUUCCUUGGCCCUUUGAAUGACUUGGGGUGUAAUGAGCUAAAACAAAUGCUUACACAGGCUUUAAUACUAAAAAGGUUUUCUGAGUCAUGGGAGGUGUGCAAACGUCUAAAUGAUCACUCAAGUUGGAAUGAACUAGCCAGAGCUUGCUUACAGCACAUGGAGUUGGAGUUUGCAAUACGAGUUUACAGGACAAUCAGAAAUGUGGGAAUGGUCAUGUCAUUAGAGCAAAUAAAGGGCAUAGAAGACCACAACCUGUUAGCAGGACAUCUUGCUAUGUAUACUAAUAACUUUAAUUUGGCUCAGGAUUUAUAUUUGGCAUCUUCUUGUCCUGCUGCUGCACUUGAGAUGAGAAGAGAUUUGCAGCACUGGGAUAGCGCACUUCAGCUAGCUAAACGAUUGGCACCAGAUAACAUCCCCUUCUUAUCAAAGGAGUAUGCUGUGCAGCUGGAAUUCACGGGUGAUUACGUGAAUGCUUUGGCACAUUAUGAGAAAGGAAUUACAGGCAAUAGUAAGUUCCAAGAGCAUGAUGAGGCCUGUCUAGCUGGAGUUGCACAAAUGUCCAUUCGAAUGGGUGACAUUCGGCGAGGUGUUAAUCAAGCCAUCAAACAUAAUAGCAGGAUGUUGAAAAGAGACUGUGGAGCUAUUCUGGAGAGCAUGAAGCAAUUUUCAGAAGCUGCCCAGCUCUAUGAAAAAGGGCAAUAUUAUGACAAAGCAGCGUCAGUGUAUAUCCGGUGCAAAAACUGGGCAAAGGUUGGUGAGCUUCUCCCUCAUGUAUCCUCUCAAAAGAUACAUCUUCAGUAUGCCAAAGCAAAGGAAGCAGAUGGCAGAUACAAAGAAGCUGUCCUGGCCUAUGAAAAUGCCAAGCAGUGGGAUAGUGUUAUCCGGCUGUAUUUGGAUCACCUUAACAAUCCAGAGAAGGCUGUUAACAUUGUCAGGGAGACACAGUCUCUUGAAGGAGCCAAGAUGGUAGCCAGAUUCUUUCUGCAUUUGGGUGACUAUGGCUCUGCCAUCCAGUUUUUGGUGAUGUCCAAGUGUAAUCAUGAAGCUUUCUCCCUGGCCCAGCAGCACAAUAAGAUGGAGAUCUAUGCAGAUAUAAUUAGUUCUGAGGACACCACGAAUGAAGACUACCAAAGCAUUGCCUUAUAUUUUGAAGGAGAGAAAAAACAUUUUCAGGCGGGCAAAUUCUUUCUUCUAUGUGGUCAAUAUGCACGGGCAUUAAAACACUUUCUGAAAAAUUCAAAUACGGAUGAUAAUAUGGCUAUAGAAAUGGCAAUAGAGACGGUGGGACAGGCAAAAGAUGAAGCUCUGACCAACCAGCUUAUAAAUUACCUUAUGGGAGAGAGUGAUGGCAUACCAAAGGAAGCCAAGUAUCUCUUUCGGUUGUACAUGGCACUAAAGCAAUAUCGAGAAGCUGCCCGAACAGCUAUAAUAAUUGCCAGAGAAGAACAAUGUGCAGGGAACUACCGAAAUGCCCAUGAUGUUCUCUUCAGUAUGUAUUCAGAACUGAAAACCCAGAAGAUUAAAAUACCUUCUGAGAUGGCUACAAACCUUAUGAUUCUACACAGCUAUAUUUUAGUAAAGAUUCAUGUUAAAUGUGGCGACCAUAUGAAGGGAGCACGUAUGCUUAUUCGUGUGGCCAAUAAUAUCAGCAAGUUUCCAUCCCGUUCGGCUACGAUGGCACUACUACCAGUAUUGGGCGUUGCUCUUUGGCCUCUCCUCAGCACCAGGGGUCUUCACCAAGGUACUGGUGGCAUUAGUGGCCUUCCUAAGGUCAAGGGGUGUUCAUCUUCAUCCUUACCUAGAUGACAUUCUGGUUCAAAGUUGGUGACGGAGUGCUUGCAUAAGAGAUACUAAGACCACCCUCGUUUGGCUCCAGCACUUCACAGUGAACUUGGAAAAGUGUUCUCUAGUCUCUUCACAAACUCUUACCCAUUUAGGGGUACAGCUCAACACAAGUCUGUUUUGCAUGUCCCUCACACCAGAGAGGGUGGAAAAGAUCACCAAUGUGGUUUUGCAUAUUGCAUCCAUAUGGAGUUGAUGUUUCUUCAGGGCCUUCUGCUUACGAUCUGGUUCGCUGGGUGCAGUUCCAUGCACCCAAUCUUCAACUUCUCCUAUUGCCCUUCAGGAUCAGAUAGCAGCUUGCCAAUGGCUGUUUCUCCGUAUACCCAGACAUCUCAAGCAGGAGCUAAUGUGGUGGUUGUCUCUCCAGAGGCUCACAGAGGGAGUGAGCCUGGAAGAGCUGCAAUGUUUGGUGCUAACAACAGAUGCAAGUCUUUAUUGCUGGGGAGCUCAUAUAGGUCACAGGGUGGUACAGGGAACAUGGACCUUGGUGGAGUCUCAUCUGAGCAUAAGUGUCUUAGAGUUCUGUGUGAUCUUCUACUUGUGUGCACCGACUUCAGUGCCAAUGCAUGUGUGAACAAGCAGGGAAUAACUUGGUCAGUGGUUCUGAGGCUGAAUAUCUCCUUUGCUGGGUAGAAUUCAAUCUGCUCUCUCUGAAAGCCGAACACCUGGCAGGCCUGGAGAAUGUUGUGGUAGAUUGGCUGAGUCAAACGGUCAUAAAGGAGGUGGAGAGGCAGUUGAGCCUGCAAGUAUUUUGAAUAAUGAUGGAUCACUUCAGGGAGCCAAGAUCAGAUCUAUUUGCCUCCCCAGAGAACAUUCAGUUACCUGUCUUCCUAUCUCCCCUUCCAUGUCCGACAGCCUGCGGGGUGGAUGUGUUGUAGGUUCCCUGGCCAUUGGGGCUUCUAUAUGCAUUUCCCUCCUUCAGUUUGAUUCAGCAAACUCUGAGGAUUGCCCAGAAUUGGGCAGAGGUGAUCUUAGUGGCUCCUUACUAGCCCAGGAGGCCUUGGUUUUCCAAUCUAAUUCAUAUGUUGGUGAAAUACCCUUGGGUGCCUACUUGUGUGUCCAGACCAAUUGCUUCAGAGUCCAGUAGUCCAUCCCAGGUCAGAGUUGUUCCAGUUGACAGGCUGGAGGCUGACCAGCUCUGCCUGACAAAGUUGGGAUUCUCAGGUAAGAUCUUGGACACCUUGUUGUCUUCCAGACAGGCCUCCACAAACAGAGUGUAUUGUACCACCUGAAAGGCAUUCUUGGUGUAGAGAAAAGGUGGAUCCCUUGUCUAGGGAUGGACAAAGGUUACAGGCUGGGAUGGACAAAGGUUCAAGCACCAAACUAUCAAGUGACAGGCAGGUGUGCUGAGUAGUAUUUUUUCUAGUUUGGGUGGCACAUCUCUCUCGUCUCACCCUCUUUACAAAAGGUUUAUCAGAGGAGUAUUCUCAGGUGGUCCAAUCUGGAAUCUCAAUUGGGUUCUGUCUACUUUGACUGGUGUUUGCUUUGAACCCAUGGCCACCUGUCCUUUAAAUAUUCUUACCCUUAAGGCAGUUUUUCUAGUUGCUGUUACUUCAGCCAGGAGGGUUUCGGAACUGAGGGCCCUCUCAGCCGACCCACAACUGUGUAUUUUUCAUCAAGAUAAAGUGGCUUUGCAUCCAAACCCAUCUUUUUUGCCCAAAGUCAACUCAGUCUUUCAUAGGUCCCAGGAGGUUGUUCUUCCUUCUUUCUGCCCAAACCCUUCCUGUUCUCAAGAAAUAUGCUGGCAUCCCCUGGAUGUGUGGUAUGCUCUGCGAUUUUAUUUAGAUUGAACUCUAGAGUUCCAUCGUUCUGAAUCAUUGUGGCAUUUUCUGGGCCUUCUAAAGGGAGGAAUGUGUCUUCCUCAUCGAUUUCUCACAGUUGCAUUCGGCAAUCUCUCAGGCAUACACUGCCUUGGGCAAGAAGCCUCCAGGUGGUAUCACCACCCAUUCAGUAAGGGGGGGGGCACUGCUUUGGCUCCAUUUAAAGGCAACUUUCCAGUCUUGGACAUUUGCAGAGCUGCCACAUGUAUUACACUGCAUACUUUUGUUAAACACUACAAAAUAGAUAGUUUCUCAUCAGCUGAUGUGGUGUUUGGCAGGAAGGUGCUUCAGAGGAUUGUUCACCGGUAGGUGUUGGACAGAGGAAGCGCACCCAGGAAAGAGGGGACUGCUCUGAUACAUCGCUAAAACAGAAUGUUCUCCACUGCUAACAGGCAAAAACUAAAGUUUUACUUCCCGUGAACUUCUGUUUAAUGUUGGCAGUAAAGGGCAUUCUCCCCACCUUUCCUUCCUCUGCCAGAUUUUUUACAUAUUUUCUCAUCCUCUAACUAGAGGGGGUGGGGGGUUGGAUUUUAGGGCUUCUGCUUCUGCAGAAGUUAGUGUGUUUAGGUUGUUUUGUUUUCAUCUUUUGUCUGGUGGUAUACAUAUUGUUG